UGUGGCUAGGACUAUCCCAGGCUCUACACCAGGAGCCCAGGACACCCUCCAAGGGACUUGCAGCUGUUUGGAAGCUGAGAGAACUAGAGAAGUGGCUGAGCUGGACAGUGGGAGAUGGGAAGGAGGGCCAGACCAAACAAACAAGCAAGCCAUUUGGAGAUGGGGAAGGGUUUUCAGUUUCCUCCUGGGCUCCCACGCCCACGUCCACUGCUCUGAUAAGGCUCUUGCCUUUGUCCUGGGGCUGCUGGGCAUGUCAGCAUCUACUCAGAAGAAGGGAGGUAGAGAGAGAAGAAAAAAAAACAAAGAGAGGGAGAAAAACAGCUGCCCAGAGGCCCAGGUGUAAGCAAAGGUGAGCGAUGUAGGUGAAGGGCCACAGUUGGGGCUAGGGUCAGGGAAGGGCCAGGGGGGCUGGGACAGGGAGGGGAUUGCAGAGAAAGAGACAAAAAGAGGCGGAGAGAGAGCGAGGCACAGAAACCAGCAGGAGGGACAAGCAGAGAGUAGGACUCCCUGUGGCUCGGAGGUACAAGAAGGGACAAAAGCAGAGUUGAAGACAGACAGACAACUGCUGCCCAGAUGUCUCUUGGCCCUACCAUCCUCAGCCUAUGGGGGUGGGGGCACAGGCUAGCAAGGGGCAUCAGAGGUGGAGCCCUGGCAUCAUAGGCAGUACUGGCUUGUACUGUCACUUACCAGGUAUUUCCAGCUGUGCAGUGACCGGCUAGCUGAGAACCCACACUGGAGUUCCGCUCUGCAACAAUGACCAACGAAAUGGAGUACGACUACAGCAACUACAGUGAAGAGUACCUUGACGGCUUUAACUCCAUUAUGGACUUGGAGGAGGGCGAUCCGCUGGAGGCCAACGUCGCUCGGAUCUUCCUGGUGGUGAUCUACAGCCUGGUGUGCUUCCUCGGGAUCCUGGGCAAUGGUCUGGUGAUUGUCAUCGCCACCUUCAAGAUGAAGAAGACGGUGAAUACUGUGUGGUUCAUCAACCUGGCAGUGGCUGACUUCCUGUUCAACCUCUUCCUGCCGAUCCACAUCACCUAUGCCGCAAUGGACUACCACUGGGUGUUCGGGAAGGCCAUGUGCAAGAUCAGUAACUUUCUGCUCAUCCACAACAUGUACACCAGCGUCUUCCUGCUGACCGUCAUCAGCUUUGACCGCUGCAUCUCUGUGCUGCUUCCUGUCUGGUCCCAGAACCACCGCAGCAUCCGCUUGGCCUACGUGACCUGUGUGGUCGUCUGGCUCUUGGCUUUCUUCUUGAGUUCCCCGUCUCUUGUGUUCCGAGACACAACCAACGUGCAUGGGAAAAUAUUCUGCUUCAACAACUUUAGCUUGUCUGCACCCCCGCACCCUGCUCACUCCCGACUGGACUCUGUAGGGUACAGCAGGCAUGUGGUGGUCACUGUUACCCGCUUCCUCUGUGGCUUCCUGAUCCCUGUCUUCAUCAUCACAGCCUGCUAUCUCACCAUCGUCUUCAAGCUGCAGCGCAACCGCCUGGCCAAGACCAAGAAACCCUUCAAGAUCAUUGUCACCAUCAUCAUCACCUUCUUCCUGUGCUGGUGCCCCUACCACACACUCUACCUGCUGGAGCUCCACCACACAGAUGUGCCGGAUUCUGUCUUCAGCCUGGGAUUGCCUCUGGCCACGGCCAUCGCCAUCGCCAACAGCUGUAUGAAUCCCAUUCUGUAUGUCUUCAUGGGCCAUGACUUCAAGAAAUUCAAGGUGGCUCUCUUCUCCCGCCUGGUCAAUGCCCUGAGCGAGGACACAGGACCCUCCUCCUAUCACAGAAGCUUCACCAAGAUGUCAUCACUGAAUGAGAAGGCCUCCAUGAAUGAGAAGGAGACCAGUGCUCUCUGAACCUUACCUGGGCAUGCCCCCAUGGGCGCUGCAGCCCAGGGAUACCCAGGGACUUGUCUCCCCAUGUGGGAGACGUGGUGGGAAUCUUUUUGGCAUGCUUCAAUGCCCAGCACAUUUUGCACAGGGUAACUCAUAUUUUGGAUGGGGUUCCAGAGUGUGGACACUCUUCCAGCAAAAUGUAUGGAUGGCAGAAUAGCCUAAGCCUCUGGAGCGGGAGGUGGGGGGCAGCUUUGCUUGACUGAGAGAAGGGAACCAUUCUCUGGAGCCAAGCCCUGAGCUGUGAUCAACACACAGGCACAAGAUUUCACUGUUUGUGCCCCAAACCCGUGGCACAGUCUCUGCUGUGGGUGAAGAAGCCAGCACAAACCCAUUGCAGGCCUGCUAUGGCAACGAGACAGUCAGGCCGGCAAGGCGGGCCCUGCCCCCAUAAUCCUCUGAGACCGUGACCUUGGAUUUCAGAUGAACUGGGGAGACCAGGAUCCGAGGGGCUUUAUGGAACCCUGCCGGGGCAAGGCAGGGGUGUGGGUGGUGGUGGUGAAGAAAUGAGGGAGGGCAGAGAACCCCAAAGGAUGUGGGUGCAGAGCACCUCACAGCGUCAUACCACAGAAAGAUGGUGCUAUGGGCGGCGGAAGCUUGGGGUUUUAGGUGGCAGCCCUUUGCUUCAGCGCCUACAAAUACUCACCUAACCCUGUAUCCCGAGGCUGGGGCGACAGAAGCUCCCACCCCAUCCCAGGCUCUCUUCUCUCCUUUCCUAAUCCCCUGAGCUCUGGCUAGAAGGGCUUAGAAUGUGGCCCAGGGUGGAGGGAUGGUCUCUUCAUUAGCCCCCUUCAAGCUUUGCUGGAGACUGGCGAAGCUGGAGACAAAGGAGCUUUGGACUCCUGCCUCAGAAUGGCACCCAAAGGCCUCAGGACGCUUGCCUGUGACCAGCUCAUCUGACUCCUCCCCGAAUCGCACUUUCCAGGUGUGGCAUCACAGCCCUGUGGGCAGCCCGUCACCGGGCUUUCCUCCCAAAAUCAGACACUAUCGCCUGGCAGGGAAGUGACUCACCCAACACCACACAACAACGAAGCCCAGAGCCCAGCUCCGCCUAGGUGACUUCUUUCCCUCAGUGGCCUGCAGUUACUCAAUGUUUCCCAUGCACGUUAAGUGUUUCACCUGUGUCUUCUCAUUUAUUCCUCACAGAAACCCUGAGUUAGGUCCUAUCCAUAUGAGGGAUCAGAGGCUCCCAGAGGUUAAGUAGUUGGCCCAAGGGGACCCAGUUAGAUGCCGGUAGGAUCUGGAUUCAAACCUCAGCUUGCCUGGCUCAAAGGAGGAUGUAUCAUCAGAAAGAAACUAGUGGGUUUGGGGUUUUAGCCAUAAAUGCUGUUUUUUCAGUGGAUCCGUGUGAAUAUCUUAAUAGUCUUCAUAAAGCCUUGCUUGUUGUUUUCA